UGAAUGUAAUCUGCAGGAGUCAGCAUGAAGAUAAAAAAGCUGAAAGCUUCGACGUGAACGAGUUAGUUUAGAAUGGAAUUCGAUGCUUUCUCAAGUUCUGGCAACUUUGAGCGUCAACCAUGCUCCGUCUGCGGGAGAAAGUUCAAUCCAGAAACACUUACUAAACAUGAGACGGUGUGCAGGAAAUCAGAGUUAAAGACUCGGCAGAGGAGGGUGUUUGACUCCGGUAAGCAGCGCCUUCAGGGGACUGGUGCGUCACUUAAGAGUAGAAUCACUCAACCGGGUCAAAUACAGGCACAGCCCAUUAAAGAGACCAACUGGAGGGAGAGACAUCUUGAUUUUGUCAACUCUAUCCGCUCAGCGAGGGCAGCGCAGAAGGCAAUCAACACAGGGGGACCCCUCCCACCUCCACCGCCCCCAUCAAAGAAUCCAAAUUACAUAGAAUGUCCACACUGCACCCGGCGCUUUAGCCGCACGGCUGCCGAGCGACACAUCUCGUUCUGCGCACAGCGGACAAAGACCUACGGAGCACCAGUCAAACCAUUGAACAAGAGAGCUGCCGCUGAUGUCAGCUACAGCACAACUGGUAUCAGGAAAGCUUAUGACAAUCAUGUCGUUCGUCGGAAGGGUAGCGCCAAUCCUUACGCCUAUGCGCAGACAGCGGGCAGGGACUUUCCAAACAUGCCCUUGUACUCAGCCACCUUCGGAGGAGGAGCUCAGGAGCCUGAGCGGUCAUACAGACAAGAGUUCCAAAGCGCAAGUUCCAACCCAAGAAAUUCAAUGUACAACUCACCAUCACAGAAUACGUCCAGAACCACAACUCGCGUAAACGACAAUCAACCAGCGAAACGCUCAGCACUGUCCACUGGAAGGAGUAGAACUUCACGACCCAAGUCUUCAGUUCGAUUUUCAGAAAAGGUAGAUGUCGAAACCUUCGAGAAGAACGGCACUGACACCUUACCCUCCCCUAGACCCCCAGCGCACCCUCCGCCGUCCUACCCAGGCACAAACGGUUCAUCGAGUCACUACGGUACCCAGGGGGGUUAUCGCACGACCAAGGCCAGCGAUAUCAGAUUGCAGCGUGCUCAGAUUGCUGGAAACGUUGGCAUCGGGCUGGCACCUCGGCAAGGAGGAGGAGGGGAAGGAGCUGAGGUUGGAGGAAGGAAUUCCACCUUCUCAUGGAGGGAUGAGAGCUCGCCGAGCUUUGAGACAACUACAAGACUAGAUUCUCCCAGAGGUGCCCCUGGCAGCGGACACUCCCCUCUGCAGAAUGGAAACUUAACACCACCGAGUCCUAUGUCACCAGGCUCACUGAGUCCUAGAUCUCCAGGCUCACUGAGCCCUCGAUCACCAGGCUCACCAAGUCCUAGAUCACCAGGUUCACCCCAAUCCUACACCCCACCGCAGAGAGGAGGUGGCCACACCCCUUCCCCACUGUCUUCUCCGAUGCCUCCACCGUCGCAGUACAUGAACUCAUCCCCCAAACAUGGAGCCACCUUGGAUCCUUCGGACGGCAGCGUGCUCGCGCCGUUUUGCUACCACUGCGGGACAAAAUAUCCAGUUCAGGAUGCCAGAUUCUGUUGCGGGUGUGGAACUAAAAGAGCGUAUCUUAGUCCGAACUCAUUGAGCUGAACUUGAUGUCUUGGAGAGGUUGUUCACCAAAAAACAACGUAGAUCUACUGGCACAAGGGAUAAGGACUAAACCUUGGCUUCUAGUGAAAUUUACUACUCGAAUAAGCCCUCCUCAAAUAGUUGUGAUUUUUACGAUAGUUACGACUAAUUUUCAGUUUCCAAGAUGCAUUGCGGCAUCUUGAUUGCUGCAGGUGCAAUAUAAAAUCCUGAAAGGAUUGAAGGACUGUGUCACUGAUGUCUGAUUGUGUUUCAUAAGUAAAUUAUGUUGUUGUGAAUAGUUGCAAGCGAAGUUGUGACUUUUUUGUAGUAUUCAUGGCGGCACGUUUAACUGAGUAGUUGAGAAACAGUAGUCGCCACAUGACUAAGCAAUCAACAGUCGCUACUUUGAAACUAGUCGCACUAGUUUCCCAGGCAUAAAAGAGACCCAGCUCAAGACACUGGAUUCUAAUUGCAGCUGUGGAACAAGAUGAGUAUUCCUUGUGUCUUUAUGUAUUUUGGCGAUAGCGCCAUUUGUAAAUCUGUUGAGUAGUGUUGGUUCUGAAAUAAACCGGUGGUCCUCCUCCUGAAGAUGAUCAGAGCAUACUGAUCGAAACUUUGAGUUGUCAACUGCUGGUUCUUUUCAGCACCAACACUACUCAGGAGAGAUUUACACAUGGUGCUUCUGCAAACGUUAUCUGAUAAUGCUCCAACCAUGCAAAUCCAAACUUAUUUAGUAGAUGUUUCAGCCUGGGGACAUUCUUCAAUGAAAGUUUGUAGAUAUUUCUGUCCCUUUCAAGAUAUUUUAAAGUCAAUUUGAACUUUUUUAAGUAUUCUUUGGACAUAAUUUAUUUACCUUCUUUUAGCCCAUUGUGAAUGUGGAGAGGGGAUGUAAAUUUUAGAGUGAAUAUGUUAUCUGUUUUUUGUUUUUUUGAUCAGUAUUCCAUUUUAAAUGGAUGAAUUUAGAUCAUUGCUAAAUCCUGGGUGUGGUUGGUAAUAGUACUUUUUUUUCAAAACCUUUGCGGAGGUUUGUAUCGUUAACAUAGUCUUUCAGUUUGAUUGAUUAUUUUAAACAAGUGUAUACAAACCAUGUUUGUGCACUUAAGUCUGAUAACCUUAUUUGUUUUUGCCCUUGGAUAAUUCAGGGGGAAAAAAUCAUAUUAAAUAGCCAGAAAAAGUCUAUUAAAGCUUACUCCACAUGUACAUGUAGGUCAUCCCUUGUACUCAAGAAAUAUGUCCUACUUUUUUCGAAGGACAAAGUAACAUUCAUGAAAGGGCCAAACCUGUUUUGGCACUCAAGCUAACGUUUAACGCAAUUAAUACAUACACUACUAAAUGUCAAAUCUACUGAUUGGUUCCCACCUGUUGGGAACAGGUCAAAGAAGUAGGAAUUUGUUCUGCUCUUGUGACUUAAUUUGUUUCUGAUUGCACUGAUGCAGAAUGUCUUUAAGACACUGGACACUAUUGGGAAUUGUCAAAGACCAGUCUUCUCACUUGGUCUAUCUCAACAUAUGCAUGA